UAAAGCCAGGAUCCUAGUGAUCAUGUGGUUACUCAGGCUGGGGCUGGUUGGAGGUCUUCAGCACAGCCCACACCAGCUCUCACCGAGAUUCUGGGUGCUGGUUUGAAGUCAUGAAACACCAUCUUAUGGAACACAGGGGAGAACAGACACCAAUCAGUGGGACCACGAUCAGCAUGGCCAGCCCAGAGUCCACAAAGGAGAACACGGGCGUGUGCUGGCCAGGGACCAUGAGGAGGAACGAAUCAUCUCCGCAGCCAGGGCCUGCCUUCCUCCCAGAGGACGACAUCUACUUGGCAGCCCGGACACACAGGAUGCUGGGCUGGAGCAGCUCCCCGUCCUCCCAGUCGUCCUCAGAGUACCAAUCUUAUUCUCAGUACCAGUCCUGGGCCUCCAGCAGGAGCGAGGAGGAGCAGGAUACCCCACCUGAGAGCGUGUGUGCCCUGUACACCCAUGUGCAGACCGUGCGCGGUGUGGCAGUGGCUUGGGAGACUGACGAUGGCUUCGAGCCCGUCACCAGGAAGCCCCUUAUCCGUGAGGCUGAGUUCAUCAAGCGACAGCGGCGGAAAGGCUCCUCCUUCGAAAUGGCCUCCAACACAGACCUGCGCUGGGAGCUGGAAGCCUGCAAGCACUAUUGCCCGGAGCCUGAGGACUCUGUGGACUGCUGCUUGCAGGAGUUGCGAGCACCACCAGACUGGUUGGUCACCACCAACCAUGGCCUUCGCUGUGUGGCCUGCUGUAGAGUCUUCCCCACGUUGGAGGCACUGCUGGACCACGCCCAGCAUGGCAUCCGCGAUGGCUUCAGCUGCCAGAUAUUCUUUGAGGAGAUGCUGGAAAGGAAGCGGGCCCGGGAUCAAAGGCAGGACCAACAGCCUGUAGAGGAAGAGCAGAGCUCUUCUGACAGUAGUGAAUGUUCCAAGCCCUGCACCAAGGUUCUUCCCAAGCAGCCACAGCAGCAACAGCAGCAGGAGCAGCAGCAGGAGCAGCAGCAUCCACAGCAACAGUCACUGCAGCCGCCACAGCAGCAGAAGCCAGAGCAGACGCCACAACAGCAGAAGCCACAGGAGCAGAAACAGCAGCAGCAGCCACAGCAGCAGAAACAGCAGCAGCAGCAGCAGCAGCAGAAACAGCAGCAGCAGCAGAAGCAGCAGAAACAGCAGCAGCAGCCACAGCAGCAGAAACAGCAGCAGCAACAACAGCAGCAGCAGCAGCAGCAUCCACAGGGGAAAUAGAGAUUGGAGGUGAGGUGCCCACCCUCCCUCCAGCAUCAUGGGCUGCUGCUCCUUUUCCAGCCAGCAGGACCAGAGCCACCAGAGCAGGGGGAGAGGACCAAGGUGGUGGUGGGGGGAAAGCCAUCCAUGUGGCAUGUGUAGCAACAAGGUGGGAGGGGUAGGAGCCUUUCCCAAAAGUGCAGCAUUUCCACCAGAGUCCAUUUCCAAACCAGAAUCCAAAGAAGAGGGCUUCAAGAAUUCCUGACGGUGGAUGCAAAAUAAGAAACAUGCAAGCAGGUGGCCACGGGGGUUUCCAUUUUUGCUGCCGGAUCCGACACAGUCCGCAUUUGCCGCUCAAGCACAUGUGACUCACAGAGGGAGCCAACUAUAAAUGAAGCUUCGGCCCUAUUUUUUUCAUUGUUAGGAAUCUGUCAUAUGCCCUAAUUCUAUGUCUUAUGUUGUUGGGAUUAAACUUGAAUAAGACAAA